GUGAUUCCCUCCUUUUGGGGGAAAAUGUGGAAGCUGAAGGUCGCAGAGGGAGAGAGUCAAUGGCUACGGACACGCAACAAUCACCUUGGAAGACAGGUCUGGGAAUUCGAUCCCACGCUUCAAUCACCACAAGAAAUUCUCCAAAUCGAAGAGGCUCGCCACAGUUUCUACCAUAAUCGCUUCACUCAGAAACAGAGCGCCGAUUUACUUUUGCGUAUGCAGUUUGCGAAAGAGAAUCCGAUGCACGAAGUCUUGCCCAAAGCAGAGGUUAAAGGCAUCGAGGACGUAACCGAAGAGGUUGUGACGAGAACGUUAAGAAGGGCAACGAGUUUCCUUUCAACUCUUCAGAGUCACGAUGGACACUGGCCAGGUGAUUACGGUGGUCCCAUGUUCAUGAUUCCUUCAUUGGUGAUUGCUUUGUAUAUCAGUGGGGCGUUGAAUUUAGUCUUCACAGAAGAACAUACAAAGGAAAUUCGGCGUUUUAUGUAUAAUCAUCAAAACGAGGAUGGUGGGUGGGGUCUACAUAUUGAAGGUUCAAGCACAAUGUUUGGCUCUGUUUUGACUUAUGUUGCUCUGAGAUUGCUUGGUGAGGGAGCCAGUGGUGGACAAGCGGAAAUGGAGAAGGCCCGUGACUGGAUUCUAAGGCAUGGUGGGGCCACGUUCAUAACAUCGUGGGGGAAGAUGUGGCUUUCGGUUCUUGGAGUUUAUGAAUGUUCAGGAAAUAAUCCUUUGCCCCCUGAAAUAUGGCUCCUUCCGUACAUGCUCCCGUUUCAUCCAGGAAGAAUGUGGAAUCACUGCCGGAUGGUGUAUUUGCCAAUGUCGUACUUAUAUGGCAAGAGAUUUGUUGGUUCGAUCACACCGAUAGUUUUGUCUUUGAGAAAAGAACUUUAUACGAUUCCGUAUGAGGAUAUAGACUGGGAUCAGGCUCGUAAUUUGUGUGCAAAGGAAGACUUGUACUAUCCUCACUCACCUGUGCAGGAUAUUCUCUGGGCAACUCUACACAAGAUCCUUGAUCCUAUUUUCAUGCAUUUUCCGGGAAAGAUGUUGAGGGAAAAGGCUCUUAGGACUGUAAUGGAGCGUAUACACUAUGAAGAUGAGACCACUCGUUAUAUUUGCUUAGGUCCUGUAAACAAGGUGUUAAACAUGCUGUGUUGUUGGGUGGAAGAUCCAAAUUCUGAGGCAUUCAAGUUACAUCUUCCAAGGGUUCAUGAUUAUCUGUGGGUUGCUGAAGAUGGUCUCAAAAUGAAGGGUUACAAUGGAAGUCAACUAUGGGAUACUGCAUUUAUUGUCCAAGCAAUUAUUUCAACAAACCUAGCAGAAGAACAUGGUCCAACUCUAAGAAAAGUUCAUACGUACAUCAAGAAUACACAGAUUUUAGAAGACUGUCCGGGUGAUCAAAAUAAAUGGUUUCGUCAUAUUUCGAAAGGCAGUUGGCCUUUUUCGACUGCAGACCAUGGAUGGCCAACUUCUGAUUGCACAGCUGAAGGACUAAAGGCUUGUCUCUUACUCUCGGAUAUAGCACCAGAAAUUGUUGGUGAGCCAUUGGAUGCAAAGCGAUUAUACGAUGCAGUGAAUAUCAUUCUCUCAUUUCAGAAUAAAGAUGGAGGCUUUCCAACGUAUGAGCUCACACGAUCUUAUAACUGGAUGGAGAUAAUCAAUCCUUCUGAAACAUUUGGCGACAUAAUUCUCGAUUAUCCUUACGUGGAAUGCACUUCUGCAGCGGUUGAAGCUUUGACAUUAUUUAGGAAAUUUUAUCCUGAACACCGUCCAAGAGAAAUACGAGGCUGUAUUGAAAAAGCUGUCGCCUUUAUUCAGAAAACACAAUCAUCAGAUGGCUCAUGGUAUGGUUCAUGGGGAAUUUGCUUCACUUAUGCAACAUGGUAUGCAGUAAAAGGGUUGGUAAGCAGUGGAAGGAGUUUCAGUGAUUGCUCCAACAUCAGAAAAGCUUCUGAGUUUUUGUUAUCUAAGCAACUCCCUUCUGGUGGCUGGGGAGAGAGUUAUUUGUCCUCUCAAAACCAGGUAUAUACAAAUCUUGAAGGCAACAAGCCUCAUGUAGUAAACACUGGCUGGGCUAUGUUGGCUCUACUUGAAGCAGGACAGGCUGAAAGAGAUGCAACACCACUGCAUAAAGCUGCUGUGUACUUGAUAAAUUCACAGAUGGAGAAUGGUGACUAUCCGCAACAGGAAAUAAUGGGAGUUUUCAACAAGAAUUGCAUGAUCACAUUCGCGGCAUACAGAAACAUAUUUCCCAUAUGGGCCUUAGGAGAAUACCGACGCCAUGUAUUUGCACGUUAAUUUUUAUUUAAUUAU